AUGGCCGGGACGACCGAGACAAGCUGCCACGAGUCCAAGCGCCGGAAGCUCAGCGCCGACUCGCCCGCCAUCGAAGACGUGCCCGAAGCCACGUCGCCGACGAUGGACUCGCCGCCGCCAUUGACCAUGGCCGCCAUGGCUGCCCACGACCGGUAUCUUGGGCUGCUGCCCGACUCGGACUCGGACGACGACCUUGUGAGCAUCUCGAGCAUAAGCACCCUCGACGAAGCGCCGCCGGCGCCACCUGCUACGCCGCCAGCGCCUGUGGACGCGCCGCUUCCGACGACGCCGGCGCCGGUCCAGUGCAAGCCCGAGGUGACAUUCGAUGCAACCCCAAAGCCCGUGCUGCGCGGCGCGUACGAAGUCUGGUACAACGAAGUCAAGUGGAGCGGCUCGUGGGGCUUCUCGUCGACUGCGUUUGAGCAGCCCGGACAGACGCUGAGCAAGUUUUCGUACCGUUGCAUCAAGUGCACGGACGCCACCAUGGAGUUGAAUCGGCCCAAGAGCGGGGUCUACGAAGGGUACUUUCUGCUGCAGCCGUUCGAGGGCAAGCCGCAGCGCGUCGUCGAGAAGCAGGUCACGCUCUCGUUCACACCGCUCUCGCCGACGACGUACGAGGUUGAAGGCGCGGGCAAGAACAAGUACGGCGCCUUCCUCCUCCGUGGCACGUUUGAAUGGGGCGCGCCGCUGACGAUGGAGAAGAUCUACGUCUCGUAG